AUGAAAACUCUAGAGAACACGUCAUCUUCAUCUAAUGCCCCUACUGGAGGUGGACCUGUGCCAAUGCAAUUGGCGACUGUGAUGUCACUGCUUGAGAAAAAAGGUCUAGGGAAACUGAGCCAGUUACUAAGCCUAAAUGACAUAGCUAAUCUACCGGCUGUGUAUGUUACCCCUCCGGCCAAGAAUGUCCCUCCGGCCAAGAAUGUCAAAGGCAAUGCAUGUUCAGGAAAGUGUCUUCAUCCACCAGAGAAAGCUACUAGUGGUGAAUGUACCUGUACUGAACCCGGUUUGGAAGCUACAGACCGCUCAUUAGUGACUGGGAGACAAACUUUGCCCUUAGAUCAGUCAAACUCGCCCAGGCUCAGCAAAAAGGUGACACCUACUCAGCCCAUGCCAACCUCGCCUAGGCCAAAGGUUGGGACAAACGGUAGGUCGAUAUCACCUAUUCCUAUGCCGUGUGAAACUGAUAGCAGUGUUAGACCGGAGAAACCUCGUAGCAGCAGUUCUGCUCCUCCCUUCAGGCAGACAGUUAAGCGAUCUGUUGAUGUCAAGGUUGAUGACUCUGCGGCUGUCGGCUUCAAGCAAGCCGGGCAAAGAUGUUCCAGUGAAUAUUAA